CUUAACAAAGGAAAAGCAUUGUCAGAGACGGGUCUGUUUAGCGGAAGGAUAUCUCAAACUCUACGCGAAACUCGUACACACAUGAACAGAACGUGAAGAGCAGGAGAAGUUGUGUGUGUUGUUUUAAGACACAUUAUUUUGUUUUUAAUCGAAUAUUGUGAUACCUGACGGAUACCUAGAGCGACAGAACACAUCGGUGUCAUGUUGGGGAAGUCUACUCUAAUAUUUCUAGGCCUGCUGGCCCUCAUAACCCUAUCAUUAGCUCAGGCGAGGCAAGGCGCUGACGAGCAAGAGCCACCAGGGAACUUAAUAGACAUCGAUACCGAGAUUGGGAAGGAAAAAGAAGAAGUUCCUGAAGAAAGUGGUUCGGGAAUAGAUCCAGACGAAAAUGAUGACGAUGACCUUGAUAAAUCUUCAGGGUCAGGUAGUGGCAGCCGUAUGACUGAAGAAGUAGAAACAGACUCUACCACACCUAAGCCCCUGACACCUUGCGAGAACCUCCGGGAAGCCAGCAAGCACCUGCUAGGAAACUAUGUUCCCCGUUGUACACCCAGUGGCCAGUAUGCACCGAUGCAGUGCCGUGGACACCCAGGCACAGGAAAAUGUUGGUGCUCCGACAGUAAUGGUGCAGAAAUACCCGGUACUGCACUUGACCCACCACGGGCACCAGAUUGUGAAAAUGGUGAUAACUUACACCCAUGUGUGUUCAAGCUUGUGCAGCAUAUCCGUUCUCCAAUGUAUGGCACUUUCCGUCCACGGUGUAAGAUGAAUGGAGAAUUUGAGGAACUUCAGUGCCACGGAUCAGAAUGCUUCUGUGUUGAUGCCAGAGGUGAAAAAAUAUAUGGAACUGAAGUACCUAUCCAUGAUGGUCAAACGGAAAAAUGCAUUACAAUCACAACCCAGGAAGCAACGGUCCCACCUUUGAUCGAGCCAGAUAGCGGUAUCGUGGUGGAGGGAGGUAAACCACGCAAGCCCAAACCACAGGAGCCAGGGUACACUGUUGCCCCAGAAACACCUGCAACUGAUACAGAACUGGAUCACAAGGACAAUAAUGAAAUACCGGAAGAUGAUGAGAAUAAUGAAACAGGCGAUGAUCCAGAAAAGGCUUCUGUGGCCUCUGCUCACAUCAUGACUCAGCCAGGACUUCUUGCAGCCAUCAUUGGCGGAGCUGUUGUUGGUUUACUGUGUGCAAUACUACUCGUCAUGUUCAUAGUGUAUAGGAUGAGGAAGAAGGAUGAAGGAAGUUAUGCAUUGGACGAACCAAGGAAAAAGUCAACAUAUUCUCCAAUCAACCAAUCAGAAAAGGAGUACUAUGCAUGAGUUAAAAAAGGAUGUCACCUGUUGAAACUUUAACUUUUAUAUCUGAAAAGCAGAAAGUCUGGCCUAGGAAGGGACCUAUACUGUUGCCAAUUGAAAAUUUGUGGCCGAUAUAUUUUUCCAUUGCAAGCAGCAUUACAGUUGUACGUGUGUACAUUUAACGAUGCUGUGGGUGCUUGCGUUACAGGUGGUUAUAUGCACUUAUGUUGAACGUAGGUCUUCCUUGAAGUGUUGCGUUGAACAUGGAUGCAGUGGCUGCGAAGCCUGGUUGUACAUACAUAUGUUGAUGGUAGGCGUUUACGUGAACUCUUACUGAGCAUCGUGUAUAGAUGUUGCUGAGAAGCCAUAGAUCAACAUCACAAGGACAGCGGUUUGACGAAAUACCUCAGAAACCAGGUGAAAAUUGUGACUAGUUUUAGAAGAAACCUGCCUUUUCCUAUCUGGAGGUGUCAGCGGCCAUGUUGUGGUUUUCAGUAAAACUUGAACUAGUGUUUGAGUCUUUGGAUGAUGGAAAAUACAUGGGUCUGUCAGACAAUUGCUCUCAUAUAGUUCAGAGAUUGUUUUUUUUGAGUGAAAUUAUUUUUUUAUUACAGUACAUUUUGAUCAUCUCCAGGUGGGAAAAGAAAUAAUUCUCAAUAAAGCAAAUAAUGGUGCUGAAUAUUGAUUUCUGUGCUGUUGCAUUUUAGAUAUUUGUAUGAGUUGAGGAAUAAUUGAUACAGUAUAUAUAGUGUUUGUACUUGUUUCAAGAAGUCAUAAUUUUCACUUGGUCUCGAUUUGGUAGAGUGAUGUUCUUGGGUCUUUGUUACCAUGGUGACACUUCUUCUGAAAAUGGUCAUGUGGCUUGACAACUUGUCUGAUGUGAACAUUCCACUCUGCCAGCUUGGACUGGUUCGGGUCAGGGAGGUCAUUGCCAUAGCAACGAUGUCACAUGACCCGCACAGAUUGUUCUUCAUAUCUUAAGCUAUUUUAGAGCAGCAUUUUAUUUACCAAUUAUUGUAUGACAUGGCGGUGUUUCCCCAGUAUUUAUGAUGUAAUAAAUCUUGAUACCCCAAAGUGCAACAGUUGUAGGCUCCAUGGAAAUAACUAUUGUCUUAUUUGCUCAAUUUUAACCAAAUAAUUGAAAUGUAACACAAAUCAUUAUCAGGAGAAAUAUCUGCAGAACUUGCUUCUGUCAACUCAUCAUGCUACUAUGAAAAUAACUGUAACACAAGAAAAGGUUUUUAUUAUAUACUAUCAGAAAUUCCCAUCGGCUUUUGGAUGAAUCUGAAUGUUAUGAACAUAGUUAAUCUUUAUGGCUUUUGAAUAAUCAUGUUCAUAAUAAUUGUCCAGCACUACCCUUAAAGGGGGACUAGGCUCAGGCAAAUAGUCGGUCCCAGUGUGAUUAAGGUCAUUCAAGCACCACUUAUGUUGUCCUAGAUUUAAUGAAAUAUAUCAAUCCAACAGUAAAUGUGUAGCCUAAGUGCACAGUGUUACAGUUUCUCCUAAGUUCCAUUACAUCACCUGAACUUCAAAUUCAGAGAAAGACUUUGGAGCGUAGUUCCCCUUUAAUUAUGUAUACGGGUUUGAAUUGGAAACAAAUGCAGUAUAAGUCAAAAUCUGUUUGUCUUAUAAGCACAACACAUGGGUCAGUUAUCACUUAAUAAAAUCUAUGUAUGUAUUAAGUCAUUACUGCCUUGUGUACAAUGCAAGAAAACGGGCGAAUUGCAAGGACAAUAUGAGCCAUGAAAACAUCGAGAAGAACCCCACCGAAAUGAAGGUCACAAUGGGUUAAUCAUGAGGUCGUCAUCCUAGUACCUUUUGCAUUAAACUUAUCAGGAUUACCAGUGGUCAUUGCAUGAUCCAAAAGGUGUGGGGUCAUGGACUUCCACUGAAUUCUGUCAAAUAGAUCUAAGGAAUGUCUUGCGUCUCCUUUUGCAGAUAUUAGGAUAUUAAUCUAAUAAUUAAUCUAUUGUGGCCUAACAUGUACGUUAAAUCGGCACAUUGUCCUUAUUUUGAGUUUAACUCUACAUUGUAUAUAAUAUACUUGCCCACCUUGGUAAAUAAUUUGUGUUUUGUUCUGGCUUCAAAGCUGAAGUCUCUUUUGUUCAUCUCUACCUAUCUCUAGAUACAGAAUAUAUUGAUAAUUAUGUCACUGUACAAAGUAACCCAAGCUGCCCUGUAGUGCUAAUUCGAUUUUACAAGAGAUUUUUUUCAUGCAGGUCCGUUUUAUUUUUGCAAUUCAUUUAUUAAGAUAUUCUAGACUGCUUGUACAAUAUGCGUAGACCUUUCUCCAUAUAGCUCAUUGAGACUAAAUGUCAUGACUGCUCAUAGGGCUGCUUAAUAGGACUAUGAAUUGACUUUUCGAAGUACGUAUUCAUUCAUUGCACUAGAAGUGAUGUUGAGAACUUGGGGAUAUUUGACAAGUUUUUCUUAUCUAUGAAUGUGUUUUGUCAUUUGACAUGAAUAACAUGCAAUCAAAUUUUGACCAGGUUCGAAAAUAUCUUCUGUAUAUUGCAGGGGUCAUUUCAAGAGUUCAUAGUAUUUUUGCUUGUAGACACAUGUAAUGACUUCCUUUUCAUCUAACAGUAAGGCCAACUUUUGACAUGACCCCUUGUACUUUCCUCUCUUUCAUGUGUGUGGUGCUUCUGAUAGGUUGAAGUAAUCUGUACACGUCUGUGUUGGAUAUAGGUAGGGAACCAUCAAGGAAAUAGUGGGAUUGUGACCCAAUGAGUCUCAUCACAGCAUGUAAGUGGUAAGAAAUCAGUGAAGAAUUCUGGUGAGGUAUUGUUUACUGGGAGCCAGGCAUUGCGGCAUUUAUCACGCUGUGCCCAUCCUGAUCUGAUGGGUCAUAUGGGGUGCCUUAGCACAAACUGUACAACAAAGUACAACUUUGUACAUUGUAUAAUUAUCUCAUGGAAUAGAAGAGCUAUUAUUGUUAUUGCUGUCUUGCUGUGCUAAACUAUUUGCCCUAGAUCAGGAUUCAGAUUAAAAGUGCUCUGUGUCACAGAGAAUUUUAGAGGUACUUCUUCUAUCAGGAAGCCAUUGUGGUCAAAUCAACAUUUAGAACCAUUGCCCCCAUAUUUCAUAUUAGCUGAUCAGUUGUCUUGGUUAAACAGGAAAUUUAUCAAAUGGUAUUUUCAUGGUUAGAAUUUAGAUGCCAAAAUGUUUCCCUGAUAGCAGCAGUGUAAAGGUGUUGUCCAGAGGCCUACUUCUGUAGUUUCAGAGCUUCUUAUGAUGUGGAUGUAUUAGGGUGGAUGUGUGUGAGAAUGUUGUGGUGCAACUUCAGCUUUAAUGUAUGUAGUAUACGUAGUCCACACAUUUUGCUGACUCAACACAUUUCUUAUGUUCUUUCAAAUGUGUGUAUAAUUUCGUGUUCUGACAUUUUCGACUCAGUUUGAGUGGAGUAAAACUGCAGCAGGUGGUUCUUCUCUUUGCAUAUUGGCAUGGUGUGAUACUAGAAACAGAUUUAACCAUGUCUUAUGCAAAUAACUGCACACCGUUAAUGGUGGUGGACAAUGUUCACCAAGCUCCUCAUGUGCUGUUAUUAGGAUGAAGUCUUCAGUGUGUGUCCAUCAGGAAGAACCCCAGUUCAACAAUGGUGUAUAUUGUGUUCAGUACAGCACUAUGUGUGGUCUUUAGUGAUGUCUUCAAGUCUCAUUUAUGCUGUAGACCUCCAGGGCAGACAUACACUUUGAGGGAAUUCUGUCAUGGAUAUCUUACUCUAUUUUGUCCAGUUUCACCUGUCCCCGAAGAAAAAUGGUCGUUUUUGCAUGAGAAAAAUCCGAUGUUUGUAACUGUACGAAGUUUUCCCGAAUCACAAAAUACUUGCUAAUCAAAGGUUGCAGGUGUUUCUUAAUUGUCUCGUUACCGGACUGCAAACAUUUGUAUAUUGAUUGUUUUUUGUCCUGUCUACUGCAAUAACUGUUUCAUCUAUACAUGUAACACAUUUGCUUCUUACGACCUGCGUAGUUGGUGCUCAAGCUUUAGAAACUGAGAAUACCAUCAGAGUCCCUUAAACAAACACCUGGUGUCACAACGACUUUGAUUCAUGGUGAAAUAUUUAAACAUUAUCUGUGUGUUUAAGGCUACUUGUAACUAGAAAUACAACUUUUUCUAGUUUCUCAAGCUGAGACAUAUUUGCUGAUUAAGAGAAAUUUGCAUGGCAAUGGAAAUGAGAGAAUGAAUUUUUUUCUCUGUGCUGUUACUUGUAUCAUUUCCUAAUAGGUACAGGUAGUUCUGUGUGUAUGCACAUGUAGUUGAUUUUGUAGGUCAAUGUAAAUAUUGCCAUAGCUUCGAAUUUAUUUUGGAUUGGCAAAUACUGAUCACUUCAUAUAGGUCUCCAAACUUCUGUCUUUUUUGCUAUAAAUUAUGCCUACGCUGACCCAGUACCCUUGACAGAAUAUUCAUCAACUAUAUAUAUUUAUAGUAGUGAGGCAACAAAUGUACAACUCUGAUGUGUGCAUGCUGACACCUAGCCAGUCCCUCAAAGCAACAAUGUAACAAUAAUUUUGUUCUCCCCCUAUUUCAGUGGUAAAUUGAAGAAGAGGGCAUCAGAAAAAAAAGAAAAUAUGGAUCUCGUUAACAUCUUGGGAUGAAGUAUGAUCUGUACGAAGUUGUCAUUGACGAGCCAUCUUGAAAUACAGGCAGCAUCAUUAGAUAGGCAUAUACUUAUUUUAAAGACAAGAAGGAAGGACAAGGAAUCUUGAAUUGACCAAUGUGCAAUUGCAUGUGUUCAUAUUUUUGCAGGAGUUUUAACCUUGGAUUUAGUGAAUGAAGACAUUUUUAAGAACUUGAUACUGAUGUUUGAUGACAUGCAGUUGGCCAUUGGUCGGUGUGAUUCCUUGCAGCACCGGGUAUGCAGGUUGUAUAUUUUCUGACGGUGAGGCCAAUAUUCAUCAGAAAAAUGUUGAGAAGUAUGCUUCCAGUUGUUUUAAUUCAUUAAAUUCUGAACUAUUUUGUUAAUUUUUGACGCUAUGAAAUAGCAGAGCUUUUACAACAGUUAUUUGGAAUUCUUGAUUUGGGUUCUUGAGUCAUUGUAUAAUAUUUGAAUGUGAAGCUAAUAUGAUUUUCAUGCAUUUACUGCAAGCUCUUCUAUGUGAAAGUUGAAAUCAUCAAUACUUGUAAAUAGGUCUGUAUACAUAUAUACACUUGGGAAUUUAACGUGUAUUUCACACACUGACUUAGCACAUUAUCAGAGGACAAAAACAGACAUUAACAAUUACAGCUCAAAAAUGCUAGGUCAGAUUCAGUGGGCUAAAAAUGUGGCAUCUUACUGAAGGUUAACUCUGGUCUUGUCCUCUUUAGAACAUAUUUUAUUUGUACAAGAUUUGAUCGUAUUAUAUGUACUGUUGUACGGUUGACACUAACACAAUGUUAGUCAAAAUAUAGAUAUUUAACAAUCAAAACAGCAUCAUCAAGCUUUAGUUUAUUCUUAGUGGUCACAUACAAAUUCUUCAUUAUAUAAGUACAAUGGAUAAAAUGUGAUGAAUAUCUUCCUUUUUUUCAGAAAUGUAUCUGUAUACGAGUCAUGUUAUUUUUGACCUGAUAGGAUGUUCUUUACCAAUCAGAUCUCAUGUUAAAGUGUAGCAGCCAAUCAGAUCUUUCGUUUGGUUGUGACCAAUUGUUAUCCUCUCAGACUGCUAUAGUAUGUAACAUAAUUGGUUUUCAUCUAAACUUUGAAACUCAAAACAUGUAAUUUGAAAUAAACAGUUUUUUCCAAGA